UUUUUGUUUCUAAGAACUGGAUCAGAACCUCCAUCUGAAGUUGGUUUCAUUUGCGUUUUCCUGUUUCUCUGUCUGCUUCCAGCUAUCGGUGAGCCUGUCAGGCUGGAAUGGUUCAACCCUCUGGGUGAGCGCAUCGUAAGCAGCAAACGGAUGAACUUGCAGACGGAGGCGUCCCGAUCCCGACUCAUCAUCUACAACGCCAUCAUCGAGGACGCGGGGAUCUACCGCUGCCAGGCCACCGAUGCCAGCGGCCACACGGAGGAGGCGUCGGUGGUGCUCGAAAUCUACCAGAAACUGACGUUCCGGGAUGUAAAGUCGCCGCAGGAGUUCAGGCACGGCGAGACGGCGGAGGUGGUGUGUGAUGUCAUCAGCUCGCCGGUACCGGUGGUGGUUUGGUACUACCAGGACAAAGAGAUCACAGAGGAGCACCGCAGCAGGUUCCAGGUGCUGCCGAACAACAACCUGCAGAUCCGCCAGGUGACCAAGGCGGACGAGGGCGUCUACCGCUGCGAGGCCAGCGUGGAGGCCAGAGGGGAGAUCGACUUUGUGGACAUAGCCGUGGUCGUCAACGUUCCUCCAUCGCUAUCGGUCUUCCAGCAGUCCUUCAACGCCACAGCCGACUACCAGGAGUCAGUCACCUUCACUUGCAUCACUUCAGGAUCUCCUGAUCCUCUGGUCACAUGGCACAGGAAGGGGCAGCAGCUGGAGCCUUCAGAGAAGUACAUUUUCAGCCAGCUGGAGGGCGGACGCAGCAUGCUGACCAUCCGAAACAUCCGGCAGGCUGACGGAGGAACGUUCUCCUGCAAGGCCUCCAACAAGGCCGGCUUCCAGGAGAGAGAGCUUCUGCUCAAAGUGUUCGUCCAGCCCCACAUCACCCAGCUGAAGAACGUGACAGCCGUGGAGGGCAGCGCCGUGAUGAUCACCUGCGUGGCCGAGGGCGAGCCUCUGCCUGACAUCUCCUGGAGGAGAGCCAGCGACGGACAGACCUUCGUGGACGGAGACAAGAGUCGGGAUGGGCGGUUCGAAGUCCGUGGUCGUCACGGUAAGUCCGUGCUGACCAUCAGCGGGGUGCGGCUCAGCGACCUCGGCCGCUUUGACUGCGAGGCCCAAAGCAGGAUAGGAGGCCAUCAGAAGAGCAUGUUUCUGGACAUUGAGUAUAUUCCUAAAUUCCUGACCAAUCACACCAUCUAUUACUCGUGGGAGGGGAACCCGGUGAACAUCAGCUGCGACGUGAUGUCCAACCCGCCCGCCACCAUGCUGUGGAGGAGGGAACGCUUCACCAUCUCAGAGGGAACGCCGCACAUGCAGAUCUACGGCACCGACGGGAAGUCGGUGCUGGAGGUGACUCCGAUGUCAGACCGAGACUUUGGCCGGUAUAACUGCACGGCCCGGAACAACAUCGGAGUCCGGUACCAGGAGUUCAUCCUGGCCCAGGCAGACGUCCCCUCCAAUCCGUACUCCGUCCGUCUGUCGGCCGUCUCCCAGCGGCUGGCGACCGUCACCUUCAUGAAGCCGGACUCUCACGGCGGCGUUCCCAUCAGCUUCUACCUGGUCCAGUACAAAGAGCUGGGCUCCAUGGACUGGAGGGAUGUGAAGUCGCACAGCGUACAGACCACCGUAGUUCUGACCGGACUGGAGCCCAACACAACGUACGAGGUGCGAGUCGCGGCCGUGAACGGGAAAGGUCAGGGAGAGUUCAGCCACACGGAGACCUUCCAGACUUUACCCAUCCGAGAACCGAGUCCGCCGGCGGUCCACGGCCAGAGGGGCGUGGGGAAGGCCUACAGGCUGGGGCUGGUCAAGCAGGACGACGGCGGGAUGCCCAUCGUGGAAUACAUCGUCAAAUACAAAACAGAUAAAGAGGAACAGUGGAUGACCAAGCUGGUUCCAGGAGCUAACGACUUUGCGAUGCUGCAGCCGCUGCAGUGGAACACGAGAUACGAAGUGGAAAUCACAGCCCGCAACGUCAAGGGCCUAUCGGAGCCCACCUUCUAUCAGUUCUUCAUGCCGCAGAAGCCCGACAUUACAGCAGAAUCCCUGUUCAGCGGCUUGGGGCUUGGCGCGGUGGUGGGCCUCGGCCUCGGAGCGCUGCUGCUGCUCCUGGUGCUGGUGGACGUCAGCUGCUUCUUCCUGCGCCACUGCGGCCUGCUCAUGUGCAUCACCCGCACGCUGUGCAGCAAGAAGACGGCCACCAGCGGCAAGGGCAAAGAGAUGGAGGAGGGCAAGGCGGCCUACCUGAAGCUGCCGCUGAAGGAAGAAAAUGGCAAAGAGUCUCUCAAGCCGGAUACGAUUGAAAUCAAAGUGCACAGCGACAACAGCAUCCACAUAAAGCCGGACGACAGCAAGGCGUAAAAAUAAAAAAAUAAAAAAAUAUAUAUAUAUAUAAAGUAACGGUAAAGAAGAACGGGGUCGGCUCCCCUCGCCACCAAAAGAACAUUCGGAUCACGAGACCAACGACCUGGAAAAGUGAAAAUAGUGGAGUAAAAUACUAUAUCUGUUUAUAUUAAUGCCCGAAUGAAAGGCACGUGUAAAUAAAAUUAAAAGAGAGGAAACGUGAAGGAAACUUUUUGACAUCCAGAAGGCAUUUUGUUCAGUAGGAGCCUCUUAAAUGAUUGUAUUUUUUAUUUUAUUUUUUGUCUCUUUUAAUGAAACUCAGAAUUUCCUUUUCGUUGUUUUUUUUAUCGCGGUUUGGUAUGGUGAAACAGCCGCCAUCUUUGUUUCUAAUUUUCUGUGUUUUCAUGCUUUGGAGACGUAUAAACAAAUCAAAUAAUGUUUCUAAACACUAAAAAAAAGUGUUUUUGAUCUGAAAGUGACCCAAAGCGUGGAAACACUCAUUUUUACCCCAGAUCUGGCUUUUAUUUUGAAAAGAAAGAAACCCCUUUUCUGUUUCGGACUCUCUCUGAUGUCGUUGUGUGUUGUACAUAGGUGAAAAAAAACGGAUAUUUUACAGAGCUUUUAUGUAAAUAUAUUAAAAAAGGAUGUCUUUUUUUCCACAGUGCAGAAGGCUUGGCUUUUGUUUUACUUCCUCUCCCCGUUGCGUUCAGGUUCUGGUGUAAUAUUGCUUUUUCCGCUCAUUUGCUUCCCCUUGAGGGAAACCCGAACCCCGAGGCGAUUCCACGGCAGUAAUUAUGGCAUUAAUGUGCCUUUUCUUUUUUCGCUCCCUUUCGUGCAGUUCGCUCCAUGAAAUCAGCUUCUGAUUUGCUGCUUUUUGCGGCGGAGAGAGUGGAUGUUUAUGGUGAUGCUGCGGCGGCCGGCCACUCUGGACUCAGAUGUGGAACACGGUUCCGACAGAAAAUAAGAAAAUG